AUGAACGGAGAUAAUCCGAUAAUCCUUCUCAUAGAUUCUAUUAUCAGGGGUGAGCAUGUGGGCAGUGGAUUUGUUGAGUUUGCUUCUGCUUACAGUGCAUUGAUGGCAAUGGAAAGGAAGAACGAUCACAAGAAUCGUACGUUUUUCCUUGACGUGGUUAAGACAGCUCCAUAUCCUCUCCGUCCCAAGUAA